GGUCACGAGUAAUAAUUGUGUAAUGAAGUUGAUGUUCUUUCCUAGCUAUAAAAAUACAAAAAAUGGAUGGAUACACAUACACUAGGCUUUUUGAAAGUCAAAGUUGUGAACAGAUCAGAUCAGAUUAAAUCAAAUAGAAUUCCCUUUUAAUAAUUUACCCCAAGUGGUAUAAUCCACAGUGACGUAGCCACUCUUUACACCCCUCCGUGGAUUUCACAACCAGACGUUGACGCUUCCACCAUAUAAUCUUCACGCCAAUAAACAUUUCUCCUCCACUUGCAUACGAUGAUAAUCAUAUGGCGAUCAUUUACAACCGUUGGAUCCCAAGGAGCGGUUCAUUACUACUCCUCUUGCUCUUGCUCCAUUCCUUACCGUAUGGAUCAGGUCAGCCCACACCGCCUGUUCCCCAAACGAGAGCCAGCGACCCGGUUGUUAUAGUGAUAACGGUCUUGUUCUUCGUUAUCUUCAGCAUGGUCUUCGGCUCCAUCUUCUGCCGCCGAAGCUCCGUGUACUCGAGGCCUUCGGUUUUUGGACUCACCGACGCAGAUGCUGCAGUGGGCGUUGUCAGGAUCAGGAGGUCGGCGGCGCGUGGACUCGCACCGGAGGUGAUAGAGUCGUUCCCGACGUUUAUCUACUCGGACGUGAAGGCGGUGAGGAUCGGGAAAGGCGGCGUGGAGUGUGCGGUUUGUCUCUGCGAGUUUGAGGACGAGGAAACGCUACGUUUGAUGCCUCCUUGUUGCCACGUGUUCCACGCUGAUUGCGUUGACGUCUGGCUCUCGGAACGUUCCACGUGUCCUCUCUGUAGAGCUGAUCUUGUCCAGAAACAGGGUGACGGUGGUAGCGACUUGAGUUCGGAUCCGGGUACGGUUUCGUCGGGUUCGGAUCCUGAGAGAGGGGUCUUGGAAGCUUCCGACAGGCAUCUGCUGGACGGCGUGACGUGGACCAAUAGUAACAACAUAACGCCUCGGUCAAAGUCAACGGGUUUAGCCAGCUGGAGUAUAACCGGUCUUUUGUUCCCGAGGUCUCACUCGACCGGACAUUCGCUGGUUCAACCGGUUGGAGAUCUCGACCGGUUUACGCUGAGGUUGCCGGAUGAUGUACAUAGGCAGCUGAUGAAGACGAGGACGAUAAGAAACGUGACGUUACCUCAGGCGAGGAGUUCACGGAGCGGUUACAGAAGCGGUAGUGUCGGGAGCGGGACAGGCGGCGUGUUCUCGUACGGUCGGAAGGAUCAUAAUCACAACCGGCGGCUGCAUUCUCUAUCUUUCUCCUUCUCUUUCCGAAGUGGUUCUGUUCGGUCUACUUUCGGUGGAGAUACGGUGGCUCCGCCGAAGAAUUUUCCGGCGGCUACUGAAUCUGGUGAACGGUCUUUUGAACGGCUCCGACCAGAUGAGCGAGUGUAAAUAAGAUUCUUGAAUGUUUCUGCCUUUUGAUUGCUUUUUACCAUAACCAACAAACAUGACAAAUAUUCUUUUGUUGAAAAAGUUUCGUUUGAUAAUCAUCAGGUUUCUGAAACAAAAACAUUGUAUGUGUGUGAGAUUGUUAAUAUUUGAAGUGUAUGUAUUAUACAAUGAGCGAGAGCUUUCUUAAAGCUUAGUUCACCAAUACAAAAUGAAAAAAGCAUUUCAAGAAA